AAGAACACUUGUUUUAGAAUAUUUCCACCACCUCAAGUUGAAAUUUGCUGCGCCUCAGCGUGAAACGGCCUGUGACGAUGACGGGGCUUACGCUACUUUUGACGGCACUGCUGGCCAGUGCUGUAACGCUUAUUCACUCCCGGCCCGUGGAGAAUCCCUUCGAUCCCAUGACGUAUCUAAGCGACUUCGGCUACUUAAAAAGACAGUCGACCGACGGGACCGGUAUGGAUGCUAAUGAGAAACGACAAGGGAUACUGAACUUCCAGUACAUGGCCAACUUGACACAAACCGGUGAACUUGAUCAAGACACCAUGGACAUGAUGAACAUGUCUCGUUGCGGCAUGCCGGACAACAUCGGUCACGCCUUGGACGCUAGACGGAAGAAGCGGUUCUCCCUCGGACCAACAUGGAGCAGAACCGACCUGACCUAUCGCAUCGACAACACGACCCCUGACAUCCCCGACCGAGCCGACGUUGAUGCAACCAUGGCCGCAGCUCUGAAGGUCUGGUCGGACGUCACACCGUUGACUUUCACCCGAGUUACUGGCAACACUCCGGCCGACAUUGUCAUCUUCUUCGCCCCAAGCAACCAGGGCCACGGGGACAGCAGCCCGUUCGACGGCCCGAGGGGUGUCCUGGCUCACGCUUUCUACCCGGAGAUUGGAGACGCUCAUUUCGACGAAGGAGAACAGUGGACCAUCAACUCUAACUCAGGAAUCAACCUGUUUCAGGUGGCAGCGCACGAGUUCGGUCACAGCCUGGGCUUGGGGCAUUCCAAUGUACAGGGGGCGCUGAUGUUUGCGUUCUACGCCGGCUACGUGCCAAACUUCCAGCUGCACUCCGAUGAUAUUUUAGGCAUCCAGGCACACUACGGUAUCGGCUCCGGUGGACCCGAUGUGACCAUGGCCCCCAACCCGCCCGAGCCUGAUGCACCUUGCACCGGCAGAGUAGAUGCCGUCACCACCACCAGAGAUCGAAGCACCUACAUUUUUGAAGGGAGUAACGUUUGGAAAUUUGAAUUUGGCGCGUCCCGUAUUUCCACUGGUUCCCACAAGUCUAUCUCCUCGACUUUCGUUGGUCUACCAGACAAUAUCGACGCUGCGCUUUACGACCCCAGGAAUAUGAAGACGUACUUUUUCAAGGGAAGUCAAUAUUGGCGAUUUAACAACGAGGUCAUGGAUGCCAAUUUUCCGAGUCCUAUUACCGGUGACUGGGGCACCUUGCCGGGCGAUCUCGACGCUGCCUUUUUCUGGAGUGGGAACGGCCAAAUCUUCUUCAUAAAAGGCGAUAAGUAUUACCGCUUCAAUAACGGCAAGGUCGACGAAGGCUACCCGCGUGACCUGAGCGUCUGGAAAAUCCCUGGUAACCAGGUCACUGCUGCCAUGCAGUGGACCAACCGGAGGACGUACUUCUUCACCCCGAAUGGAGGCUUCUACCGGUUUAAUGACCGGCGCUUCAAGGUGGAAGUUGGCUACCCGCGGCCCGUUGCCUCAGCGUGGCAGGGGUGUAUGAACACCAUCGAAGCGGCCACGCCUACCGCUGGUGUUAGUGGUCUGGUAUCCAGUCUUCUCGCAAUGGUGUUGCCUGUUGUUUUAGGAAACAUUUACUUUUAGACAAACACCCUUGUACUUGCGUUUUAAAAGGCAUAUAGGAUCAUUUGCGUUUAUCCUUAAGGUAAAUUACCGAAUUAUUAUCAAAGAGCUUCCUUGAAUUAAAAAUCGUACUGGUACUAUAAAACAGCAAACACUCCGUGAAAUCAUUCCGUCUGGCUUGCUGUCAGUAAGAAGAAAUCAAGAAAUGUAUAUGGGAUUUUUUGACUGAUCCUUAAAAAAGAGUACAAAUAACGAAAUCUUCUUUCGUAAUAUUUUUGCGCAUGAUUUUUCACUGUUUAAUUGAAAGGUAACCUCAUCAACAGGUAAGGUUUUGAACAUUCUUCAUUGGAAUUUGAGUGGUGUUAUAAUUGGAAACGAACAAAACGCAUGACAGAACAAUGGUACACGCCUUUAACAAAAUUGUUUUCAAGCACGAAGCGGUAUGUAAACAACACACAGUGACUGUGCUGUGCUUAUGAAUAAGAUAAAAAAAAAAACAUAAAAGAAAGCAAACAUUUGUCCCAAAUUUUCCAAAAUGCUGCAGCUUUGCCCGUAAAUACAGACUUCCUUCAAGGAAUAGAAAUGACCGUCGCACAAGCACGUUUAAUGAACUGGCUAAAAUGAAAUUCUAUUAAUCGAUUGGCUAUUCGAAAGCAUAGUUUAUAGUUAGGAAAAUAGUGCUUAAUUUUGAAAUUAUGAAUUUGUUAAUAUUUAUCGUGGCACCACAUAGUUUUUUCUGAUUUAAAGAGAUAACAUUUUCCACAACAGUACAUGAAAAAGAAUUUAAAAAUGCAUGAGAAAUGAGUACAAUUAUUUCAAAUGUCCUUCGUUAAUCAUAACAAAAUGCGAUGA